AACCAGCGCUACCUGGCCGCACUGCGGCGCCUGCUGGAGCUGCCGGCCAACCGCGCCUGCGCCGACUGCGGGGGGGCGGGUGCGGGGUCGCGCCCCACCUGGGCAUCCAUCAACUGCGGCGUCUUCAUCUGCAUGCGCUGCGCGGGGGUGCACCGCGGCAUGGGCGUCCACAUCAGCAAGGUGCGUUCCUGCUCUCUCGACACCUGGCUGCCAGAGCAGGUUGAGUUCAUGGCUCGCACUGGCAACGCCCUGGGCAACGCAUACUGGGAGGCGAGCCUG